GUUAUGUUGCCUUUAUUUUUGUAUGAACUUUUGAAAAGCAAUCAGUUUAUAAUUAACCCUCUUCUCAGGUGUUUCUAGUGAAAAUUUAAGGUUCUCAAAUAAUUUUUGUUUUCAUCCUAAAAAAUGUGUUUCAAACUCUUUUGUUGUUGUCACGAUAAUGCGGGAGCCAACAGAAUGACAGGAGAUAACGUUAACGCUGCCACCACCGACGCUGAGGCCAAUUCAUCAUUACCAUCACCAGUUACCGCGCAACCUAUCUUUUCCGGAUACUAUAAGCUUUUUGCCAAAGAAUGCCUUGACGAACACAAUCGAUACAGAGCUCUGCAUGGAGUUCCAUUGGUCACGAUGAAUGUCAACUUAUCUGCCUACGCAAUGGAAUGGGCUAGAGUUUUAGCUGAGAGCAAUUCGGUCUUGAUUUAUCGCAAUGAGGCAAUUUAUGGUGAGAACCUUUAUGUGGCACGAGAACACAAUGUGGAUGCACAAACUGUUGUCAAAACUUGGUACGAUGAGAUAAGUUAUUAUAAUUUUGACAGGCCUGAAAAAGUUCAUGGUGUAGAUCAGUUUACACAGCUGAUAUGGAAGAGCACAAGAGAGAUAGGAGUGGGCAUUGAAAAAAGAGGACAGAACACCUGGAUAGUAGUUAACUAUGGUCCUAAAGGAAACAUUCCCGGUCAGUUUGAAAUGAACGUCCCAAGUCCAAUUAAAUGAAAUUUCUCGAAAAUAAGUGUGAUUCAUUUCUCGAUAUUUUUACAAAUGGCAAACGUGUUUAAGAAUUAAUUACGAAUUAUAAGUCUUGA